AUGAAGAGAUUUUUGUUGCUGGUCGCGAUUGUCGCCCUUGUGGUUGCUGACGACGACAAUGACGCAACUGAAGGCGUCGAGAGUCGUUCCAGAAGCAAAGCUCAGUCGGGCAAGAAGGAAUCACGAUUCCUUGGAGGAUUAGGAGGUUUUGGCCCCGUUGGAGGAUUGGGAGGAGGAUUUGGAUUGGGUGGCGGUCUUGGGGGACUGGGAGGAGGGUUUGGAGUUGACCACCCAGCACUUGCAGGAGGAUUUGGAUUCAAUCCAGCUCUUGGAGGUGGAUUUGGAGUAAACCCUGCGUUCGGAGGAGUAAAUCCUGCAUUUAGUCCUGUGGCUCCUCCCUCCACAUGCCGCUACUGGUGCAGGACACCCGAGGGUCAGGCCUACUGCUGUGAGAACAUCAACCAGCCACAGAGUGCUGCUGGUGUAGUCAAACCGGGAUUCUGCCCCCCCGUUCGCCCAGUGUGUCCUCUUAGGAGCUUCCAGCCACCUUUCACUUGCUCUAACGACGGCGCUUGCGGAGGCAUCGACAAGUGCUGCUUCGACAGAUGUCUCGGCGAGCACGUGUGCAAGGCUCCUCUGGGCAUUGGGCGAUAGAUAUCCUGUGGUAAUUGCAGGCGUUUGAUGAAAUUCAUCAGUACCUCUGCGAGGUAGGAUGAUUUCAUUGUCUUUUUUCAUAUGUAAAAAAUGUAAAUAUAUACA